AUGGAUUCCGGCCCGGGUGAUCUAACCCAGAAAGCUGUGGAUGAAUUGCCACCACCACCCAAAAUAGACAAAUACAAGCUGGCGAGAUUUUUAACGGAAAAGGCCAUCAGGGAAAAAAAAAUAUUUACCAUCUCUGGACCUUACCCUGUAAUCCGUAAUUCUUUAAGGAAAAGAGGGUGGGUGGAAAGAAAGUACCCCCUUAAAUAUGAUGCUCAGGAACAUAAAGAAGAUGGGAAUGAAACAGAACGUGACAAUGGUGGGAAAAACGAAAGCAAACCUGCCCUACGUGAAGAGGAAAUUCCUUAUAACAAUUCAGGUGACAUCCAUGAAAUAAUGUCUAGGUUGGUAAGAAAUGAAGAAACAUCCUUCUAUUGGACUAUAAAAAAAGAUGCAGUUGAUUAUUAUAGUCUCCACAGUGAUCAGAUGCUCAAUCAUUAUGCAAGAACAGGCUCCUUUACUACCAAAAUUGGACUUUGUUUGCACAUGAGGAAUUUGCCAUGGUAUGUGUCAGCAAACCCAAAUGCUUUCUUCCCUCGAUGUUAUGCCAUUUGCAUUGAUGAUGAAAAAUAUGACUUUAUCCAGGACUUCAGGAAGACAGCGGCAUCCUCCAUACUAAAAUGGGUUGUCAAUUUGGACAGAUCUGGUGAUCAUGACCAGUCAAGUACAGGAAGCCUACAUACAAAAUCUGGGACAACAGAUCCUAAUGAAAGGAACAUUAAGGAACUUCCGGGAGAAUUAAUAGAGACGGCUCUCAAAGUGUGCGAAACGUACAUCCAGCAACUUGAACAUGAUGACAUUGACAUAGAGGCAGAGAAUUCCUCAGUGCUUUCUGACACAGAAUGGGAUCAAUUAAUUGAACAGUACUAUUCCCUCAUUCAUGAGGGUGCUGUGAUUUGCAAUGCAGAAAACUAUUUAAUUCAGUGUCAAAAGAUUUUGCAUAAAAUUAUAUUAGCAAAUCCUCAGCAUGAUAUUGAUGGUCUCCACAACAUCUGGAUUAUCAAACCUGGAGCAAAAUCUCGUGGCAGAGAAAUCGUAUGUAAGAAACGAUUACAGGAUAUAUUGAAACUGGUUGAACCAACUGAUCAGUUUCCAAUAAAGGACCAUAAAUGGGUGGUCCAAAAGUACAUUGAGUCACCACUACUGAUUUAUGAUACAAAGUUUGAUAUCAGACAAUGGUUUCUUGUCACGGACUGGAAUCCUCUGACAAUAUGGUUCUACAAAGAAAGCUAUCUGAGAUUUUCCACGCAGCGUUUCUCCUUAGACAAUCUACACAGCUCCAUUCACCUGUGCAAUAAUUCCAUCCAGAAAAAUUACAAGAAUGCCACAGACCGCAGUCCUCAAUUGCCGUAUCACAACAUGUGGACAAGCAGCAGAUUCCAAGAGUAUUUACAGAAGAGAGGACUUGGCCAUGUCUGGCGUAAUGUUAUCUAUCCAUCCAUGAAAAAAAACAUAAUCUGUACAAUGAAGGUGGUGCAGGACCAAGUUGAUCCACGGAGGAGCAGCUUUGAACUCUAUGGGGCAGAUUUUAUUCUUGGGAAGGACUUCAAACCUUGGUUGAUUGAAAUCAAUAGCAGUCCAACUAUGUUCCCUUCUACCCCAAUAACAUCAGAUCUAUGUGCUCAGGUUCAAGAAGAUACAAUCAAGGUAGUUAUUGACCGGAAGCAUGACAAAAGUUGUGACCCUGGGAAAUUUGAACUUCUCUGGAGACAGUCUAUGCUGGACAUCCCCCCAUUUAAUCCUACAGACCUUUUAAUUGAGGGAAUCAGCGUUCGGAAACUGAAAAAGCACAUGUCAACCCUCAAUAAUUUUAAUUUCCUUGAACCACUCAUGGGUGUGCUGCAGUCUACAACCAACCCAGAAAAUAGAAGGGAGUCCAUGACACCUGUCAAUGACAAACAAAAUGUAAGAGUCAAGCACAGGAAUACUAUCUCUUGCACUUUGCCCAAGACAUUGAAGAAACCUCAAGAGAAAGAUGUUAAAGUCAAAACCAUCCUGAAAAAGCUGGCCAAACCAAUAGACUUUCCUCGCAUAGUUGAUGGCCAUGAAGCAUCAUCUUUCAUCGAUAAAAAGAAGAGCAAAGGAAUAAAAGAGUCCAGCCAUCAGAAUGGAAGGCAAGGAGCCACUUCUUCUCAAAACAAGUUGCAUUCCUUAGACUGGGCAUUACUUCAGCCCUCUACAGAGACAGGUAAAUUCACAUUCACAGACAGUAAGGUAAAGAUUUCCCUUGCUUGA